ACGUUUAGCCACUAGUCGGCCUCCCGGAGCGGGGCAGACAUACUGUCCGGCUCAGCCUCGCUCUUUGUGGGAAGUAGCAGGCAGUCAGAGAGGAUGCAGAGGCCUGCCAGUCCCGCUUCACAUCCAUUAUUAACCCGGGGCUGUUAGGCUGGUCCGGGCUAUGGCUGCGCCUAUCGCGCAUUUCGACGAAGACUGGCCCAUUUUCAGUGAUCGGAACAUGGUAGCGGACCAGCGGCUGCUGCUGCCGCAAAAAGGCCGAGCAGCCCUCACCGCCGCGGGGGGAGAAGAGGCGGCUGCAGCCCUGCAGCUUCUCCCGGGAGAGGGUGAUGAUGAUGAUGAUAUCCCUGACUUGCACGACGUCAGCUUCUCUCCUGGGGGGACCGGUGUGUUCAGGUCCAUUGAGGAUUUGGUGAAUGAUUUUGACGAGAAGCUGUCAGUGUGCUUUCAAAAUUUUGACGCAAAGACUGACAGUAUCGCUCCUGUGAGUGUUCUCGGGGAGGACACCCUGCUGGAGACAGACGAGUGAGUGUUUCUGUUCGGUGUGUGGCCUGUCCGAAAGAUACAUGUCGUGUACAAUUUUUGGAUUUAAAGCAUUUUACUGUCUGCUAAAUGAAAACCAUUCAAACUGCUGCAACAGAGUAUAGGAAACCAGUAUCAGUUUCAAAGGGGUACCGGGUUUGUUUGGGAUGUGAUGGGCAGCUACCCGCCACCAUCUUUAAUGAGGUCAUCAAAACACAGGACAGCAGGGGGCUGCUGCUGCUGUGUCUCUGUCCCGACCAUAGAGUCUAUGGUCCCGACACAAACACACAGAAAAAUAAGAUAAAUCAUUGAAACGUUUAGCCAAACAAGUGCCUGAAUAUCGGCUUGUUAUCGGUAUCUGUCCUUGAAUGACUAUUAGAGAGAUAUAGGCCGAUGUGGGUUUACCGGAUGGGGUGUUUCUCUUUGUGAAGCCCUCACCGAUAUGAAACCUUACCAUUUUUUAAACAUGCACAUUAUUGCUGUUCAAAACUCGUUUUUAUACUUGGGGGAAAAAAAUGGUUUGGGUGAAUUUUUAAAGAUGUUUUGAGAUCAUUCAAUUAAUUUAUAAAUAUAAAUAUAUUUUUGGUUAAAGCCUCUUAAAAGUAGGAAUUUUGUGAUUUUUUUUUUGUCAGUUUUGUCCUAUGUCCUUCUUAUCUCUAAAAUUAUUUCAAUACAGUACCAUCCACUUUUACUUAAUUGCGUGCAUUAGCACCGAAUAAUUGGGGAAUUUAGAUAACUUUAGUAAGUAAAUAAAGUUUAUUUAUAGAGCGCUUUACACAGAUAAAAAUCACAAAGCACUGUACAUAAAAUAAGUGCAAUUAGAUAAACAUAAAACACUACAAAAAAAGAUAAGUACACGUACACAAAUACGAAUACAGUACAGUGAAUAUGGAGAUAAGUGCAGAUAUAAAAGAUAAGUCAAAGAGACAAACAAAACCCUGUUAUUUAAAAACUUGUCUAAAUAAAAGAGUCUUCAACUGCUUUUUAAAAGUAUCCACUGAGUCGAUCAAACGGAGGGAGAGGGGCAGAUCAUUCCAGAGUCUGGGGGCUACCAUCUUAGAAACCCAGUCUCCCCGAGUUUUAAAACGGGUCUUCGGCACCAUUAGGGUGUUCUGGCCUGAUAACCGAAAACUUUCGUCUUUUAAGCUUUGUUUCAGCAGUUUACUUUUCUUUUUUAUUAGUUAACGAACAGCUUUUGCAUUAAAAGUCUCUGAUUUAAUUGGUAUUCUAUUAAAAAGAGGGAAAAAAACUUGUUAUAAGCUGCAAACAGGACUCCAGAGUUGUAUCAGGGGGGCUUUUAUGCCUUCACAUGUCGCUGUUCAUGGCAGCAUUUUCAACUUGAUAAAUUCUUUGGGGGAUUAUACUUUUGCUUAGACUCAAAUCUUUUUAAUACAGCAGGGACUCUGGGCUGUGAUAUUUCAAAAGGUUUGUUAUGUCUUUAAAUUGACAGUCCCACCAGCACUCUCAUGAAGAUACGUUUAAGUAAUGAAAGGGAUAAUCCACCACUUCAUGCAAAAGUAAAGCAGAACCAUGUUUGAGGUGCUGUCAUAGUCUCACAGUAAAAACAUUGACUGUUUUUUGACCAACUAGAUUGCAUGAUGGGGAAAAAUGAAAAUAAAUGAACAGUGUUGAUAAAGAGGUCAAACUCGGACACACUUGAUCCUACAUCUCCCAAAAUGCAAUUGGACAACCUUUUUUUUUUUCUUUUUAGACUCACUGGCUGGUAAAUGACAACAUCUGUCAAACUCCAUGCCCUAGUUGGCAUCUGGCAUUAUUUUCUCUAGAGGAAAGGAGGACAUUCAACAACAGACUGAGUAGUGCUGAGUAAACAGAGCUGUAAACACUUUCAGUUUGUGUCUGAAAUCUCCUCUUUUCUCCUCAGAAUCUGGAACGCUUUGACCAGCAACUAUGGCUGUGUGAUGCCGGUGGACUGGAAAAAGUCUCGGACAUGCUCCCUUCACAUCCCCACUUUUAACCUGGAGGAGAAACCUGUGAGUGACUCCACUCCCAUUUGUCCCACUCCUUCCUCCCUUAGUCUCCAAACUUCUCUUUUUCCAUCUCAUAAAUUAAACAUAUUUGCAGUGCCAGGUUUUUGGACUCUUGAUAACAUUCCCUCUCCCUCAUUCUGCUCCUGAUAAGAAGAAGGCUGAUGUGGCAGUGGAGCUGUCUGAUGAUGAGGAACUCAGGGAGCAGCUUGACAUGCACUCCAUCAUUGUCUCUUCCCUGGCAGAGGAGCCGCUCUUCACAGCAGAGCAGGUAAGUAACACGUUAACCUCCAGGUUAUCCCUGACGCAGCCGCAGAGCAGCAGCUUAACAUGGCUGAAAUUAAUCCUCCCGAUUUAAUAACUGAUGAUCACAAGCUAAGUCUGAGUGCUGCCUUUCUCUCUCGCUCUCUGAUGCGUAUGUGUUGAUGCUCGGUGCAGGUUAUCGAGGAGAUAGAGGAGAUGAUGCAGGACUCCCCUGACACAGAGGCAGCACACAACCCGUCUCAGUCGGACCUCUCAAUGCUCUCUUUGGACGUCCAACGAGUCACCAGCAGUCCCAGCUUUGAGAAAAGUGAGUGUCUGAAAGUCAGGCCUUGUAAUCAAAAAUGUACCCUGAUACUUCUCUUGCACUUGUUUGUCUUCUUGUUUAUUAUUGAGACAGUUGUACCAUAUCAAUAUCAAUGUCAGUCUUGAUACAUGUUCAUCAAAUAUUAUGAUGUUCCUCUUCCUUUUAAGAUGUUUUCACUGUAACUUCAAGGUUAAAAAAGGGAAAAUAACCUUUUGUGUUUGUGUGUCUGUGUUCCAGAGGUGAGGACCCUGAGCAUUGCUGAGCUGAAUGAACGUCUGGAGGAGACAGAGACCAACAUCAGGAGGUUCUCGGAGGAGCUUGUGCAGCAGCUAGCUCUCAGAGAUGAGUUGGAUUUCGAGAAGGAGGUGAAAAACAGCUUCAUCUCUGCGCUCAUUGAUGUCCAAAACCGACAGAAAGAGCACAGAGAGCUGCUGAAGAAGAAAAAGAAGCUUAAAAGCGGAGCUGGGGCAUCACAAAGCCAGGGGGAGAAGACAGCCGGUUCGGUGAAUAGCAUGACUUUCAUGUAGCCUGGUUGUGUGUUGAUUUUCUUCCUUGGUUAUUUCUUUAGAUAUUUGGCUUUUUUGGGAUAAGUCCUUUUCCUACUUUUCUGCAUUUCUUGGUGGUUAUUUUCUUCUACCAGUCAGUUUUAUUUCCUCAGUUCUUCUCUCCUUACUUUAUCUUCUUCUGCUUUCCUUCCUUCUUCUUCAGCGCUUCAGCAUGGAGGGACUCUCCUCUGUCAUUCAAAACAGCUUCAGGCAAACUUUUGGGAGUGGGUGCACUGAAAGACAGGUUACUUACUAUUUCUCUCUCAACUGCUCAUCUUGUCCCUUGUUUUCUCCACAUAAAUCAACACUUAAUGUGACUGCCAUCCCAGAGAAAAUCCCACUUUAACUUGAUACUUUAAGAACCUUUUUUGUAUUUCUUUUUUUUGUGGAUUUUUAGUAUCUGACCACAGUCAUUCCAUAUGAGAAGAAAGGACAUCCCCCAUCUCUGGAAGACCUCCAGAUUCUCACUAAAAGUAUGUUGUUGUUGUUUUUUAAACAAUGUCAGCUACAUUUGAGCUGAAGAAAGUUGACUGAUUAAGUCAGUCUGAUUCUGUUUUUGUUUGUCUUACAGUUUUACUAGCGAUGAGAGACGACAGUGACAAGGUGCCCAGCCUCUUAACAGACUAUAUUCUCAAAGGUGAGCUCUACUCUUCUCCUGGUUGUUUGACAGUCUUGAAGCUUAUCAUUCUUUAAAGAUUAUAACAGAUCACUGACUGAGCAGUUGUGACUAUGCUAAGAGUUGUACUUCUCCUCAAUAGAAGAAUAGAUUUAUGUAACUUGUGACUUUUUAUUUAAAUAUAGGCUCAAUUUAGAUUUGAUCCCAGCAGCACUUUUCAAAUCCGUUGGUACAGGAGCAUGUUUACUAGAGUGUUGUAUCACUUCUUCUGUGACAGGACAGCAAACACUUGGGAGCUGAGGAGUCCAGUUUCUGGAGUUAUGUCAGUGAAAUAUUGUCCCGUUCUUCUGAACUGAUUAAGCAUUUCAGCGUCCUAACAGUUUUAGGUCUGCUUUGUAGUCCACAUCAGUCCUUGAUGCUUCAAAUGCUUUGAAUGGGUAACAAGUCUGGACCACAGGCAGGUCAAUUUAGUGCCAUGACUCUUCUACUUAAGGGCCUUGCUGUUGUACAAAACCCAAUUCCAUUGAAGUUGGGAAAUUGUGAUAAACGUAAAAACAGAAUACUAUGAUUUGCAAAUCCUUUUCAACCUUUAUUCAAUUGAAUACACAACAAAGACAAGAUAUUUAAUGUUCAAACUCAUAAACUUUCCUUUCCUUUCCUUUCCUUUUAACAACACUCAAUAAACGUUUGGGAACUGAGGAGACUGAUUGUUGAAGCUUUGAAGGUGGAAUUCUUUCCCAUUCUUGCUUGAUGUACAGCUUCAGUUGUUCAACAGUCCAGGGUCUCCGUUGUCGUAUUUUAUACUUCAUAAUGCGCCACACAUUUUCAAUGGGAGACAGGUCUGGACUGCAGGCAGGCCAGUCGAGUACCUGCGCUCUUUUACUACGACGCUACGCUGUUGUAACACGUGCAGAAUGUGGCUUGAUAUUGUCUUGCUGAAAUAAGCAGGGGCGUCCAUGAAAAAGACGUUGCUUGGAUGGCAGCAUAUGUUGCUCCAAAACCUGUAUGUACCUUUCAGCAUUAAUGUUGCCUUCACAGAUGUGUAAGUUACCCAUGCCUUGGGCACUAAUGCAGCCCGACAACAUCACAGAUGCUGGCUUUUGAACUUUGCGUUGAUAACAGUCCGGAUGGUUCUUUUCCUCUUUGGCCCGGAGGACACGACGUCCACUAUUUCCAAAAAUAAUUUGAAAUGUGGACUCGUCAGACCACAGAACACUUUUCCACUUUGCAUCAGUCCAUCUUAGAUGAGCUUGGGCCCAGAGAAGCCGGAUGUUGUUCUUAAACUGUUCGACUAUUUGCUCACACAAUCGUUCAUAAAGUGGUGAACCUUGCCCCUUCCUUGCUUGUGAAUGACUGAGAAUUUUUGGGGAAGCUGCUUUUAUACCCAAUCAUGUCACCCACCUGUUCCUAAUCAGCCUGCUCACCUGUGGGAUGUUCCAAAUAGGUGUUUGAUGAACAUUCCUCAAAUUUCUCAGUAUUUUUUGCCACCUUUCCCAACUUCUUUGUCACGUUACAGCCAUCAAAUUCAGAGUUAAUUAUUAUUUGCAAAAAAAAAUAAAGUUUAUGAGUUUGAACAUUAAAUAUCUUGUCUUUGUAGUGUAUUCAACUGAAUAUAGGUUGAAAAGGAUUUGCAAAUCAUUGUAUUCUGUUUUUAUUUACGUUUACCACAAUUUCCCAACUUCAAUGGAAUUGGGUUUUAUAAUUUGUGCAGAAUGUGGUUUGGCAUUAUCUUGCUGAUAUAUAAAAGGCUUUCCCUGACAGAGGCAUUUUCUGGAUGGCUGCAAAUGUUGCUUAUUAACUUGUCAAUAUAGUACAGCAUUAGAAUAGUCACGAGUGUAGAUGCAGGAAGCAAAAAAUAAGUUAUAACUAGUCAGUGGUGUUACUAUCAGCCCAGCGUACCAGUCUGUUCUUCAGAAAACCAUCAUCCAAAAUCCAGCCAAGUCCUUUAAUUCACAUUUUCAGCUCCUCUCUUUUGUACAUGCUCUGUUUUCAUUCUUUCAUCUUUUCUGUCUCCACUUCCCGUGGUCUCACUUUGUCGCUGCCUUGCGCUCACUAGCUCUGGUGUGAGCGACGGAUGUGGAGGUUUGUGACAUGUGAUGUGUGCACUGUUGUGGUGUUGCAGCUCAGACUGGGAGCCUGCCUGUCUUUACCACCAAAGUGUAGUACGGUCUGAUCCUGAUGUUCUCCUCCUCCUCACUUCUCCCCUGUCCUGACCUCCUGCAGCACAGUUCAUCCUCUUAGUGUUAACACUCACUGAAAAACACUCACAACAAAGCUCUGUUUAUUCUGCAGUUCAUAGCUUAGUGAUAAUAGUAGUGUAAGAGUGCAACUGAACGUAUUCACCCUCACUCACAGCACUUCACAAACUCUGUUUGGUUUUUAGUUUUGUUAGAUAUUAGCAGCAGCUGGUGAUUGAGCUCGAACUUUUCCUUGUUUCCCUUCAUCUCCCUCUUUCUAAAUGAAUAAACCAUGCAUACUCACAGCUCUGCUCAUAAUCAUCCCCUCUGUUUUUUCAGUGCUUUGCCCAACAUAAACCGGAAAGAUACUGCCCCCCCAACUUCUUACAGAGACAUCAGAUCAACACGGCAAACCAAGAAGAAGACUCGUUGUGUUUUUUUUUGGCCGACAUGAAGCUAACCGAUUUUGUUCCUGCAUGAUUUUACCUCAUGACGUGUCUUUUUUUGUGUAAUUUUCCCCAUAAAAUUGUAUUUAUUUUGUGUUGAGCCUUGUGAAUUUGAAGCCUUGUGUGUUCAGUGAAGUUGAACUUUUCUCAGUGUUUUAAAUUUCCUUGCACUCCACAGGAAGUGUGUAUCCUUGAAAAUAAAAAAUGUGUAAGGAAUAUUCCCAGGUAGAUAAGCCAGCAUAGGAGCUGCAGUGUUUGGUUUUGCUCAUUGGUUUUAAACAAGAGCAGAGCUGUAAUGCAAAGGGCUUUGAAUCAUUUGAAAUGCUCAAUUAUUCACCGAACAAUAAGCAAAUGCACAGAGCAGGAUGUGCAUUUAAGUUGCAAUAACAGAGUAGAAAACAUAGGAUUUAAACUGGCGAUUACAGUGCUUAUUAAGAUUUUAAGUGUAUUGAUCCUUAAUCAGAUGUUAAAUAAUCUGAGAUGGAUCAAAGAGCUAAGUGAUCAUAAAAAAAUUAAGUAAAAACAGAUAAAACAGUAUUAACAGUACCAUAAAUACACUGUAUUAUCAUUAAAGUCAACACAGCUUUUCACAAAUCAUCUGCAUACUUUUAUCUCAACAGAACACAACAUGCACUGAUAUAAUAUACAUGUGUUAUACAUGUUACGUUAUGCUGUGGAGGAUGAGGUGUUUAUGGUAAAGCUGAUGAAGACUGGAUUGAAAUAUUUAUCUAUGCAUUCGAGUGAACUCUAAAUUUUGACUCCUGCACUGUCUGAACCUUUAUGACACUGAGCUCUGAAUCAGAGACUCUGAGCGUCAUCGUGCCUGCUGUGCACAGGGCUGCAUUUGUACACACUGACGGGGUGUUUUUAGUAUUCUGUAUGUUUUCUUGUAUAUUAAACAAGCUGCCUUUGCCUUUGCCUGGACUUUUGUACGUUAUAAAUGACUUAUUUUCAAUGAAUGUCAAAACUGCUGGACUACUUACAGAGCCUGCUUCAAUGUUAAUUUAUUUUGUAAAAAUGUUAUUUCAAAUAUAUUGUUAAAUCUGA